GCUUCACGGCGGUGCGCAUCUCACCGACCGGGAAUACCGAUUUCUGAACAUUUCGGCCUUUUCCCCCGCUGCACAGUAAGCUGUGUUUUCCUGCGAGCUACAAGGGGAGAGGGUUACCGGCGGAGAGGGGGCAUUGUACCGGGCAGGGUUCUGACAGAGGGAGAUGAAACUCAUCCAGAAGGAACCGUGUUUGUUUUGUAUGGCGAAAUGAGGCAGGGGGUGGAGAGACGCCACAGAGACGCUGGGCUCCGGCCAAACAUCUCCGCAUUUUAGCACUUAUUCGAUGCUCGGGAUUUGCAUUGCAUUGCAUUUGCUGCAUCGUUGAUCGGCCAUAUUUCUGCAAAGUGCAUGGUGGAAAAUGCAACUUGUUUGAGGACAUCCCCCCUCCAGAUCCCCGUUGCUGCCAUGACAGGCAGAUGUCUCAUCUCGACCGCGGCUCGGCCGGCUGGAGAAGAGGCAGAUUGAUUCGGGACGGUGGGUCGCAUCUGCGGAUGUUAUUCGGUCUGUGGAGCCUGUGAUUAUCAUCCGCGCAAACACACCUUGAUUCUCACUCAGGGAAAGAGGAGAGAGAAAACAACAUGUCUUCUCGGUCUGCAUUACCGUCUGGAAACGACAGGAGUACUGGAGACCAUCAUGUGUCGCUGGGGGCCAGUCGCUCAGACAAGGCCACCAGCCAGUCCAGCCGCUCGCUGGGGGCCCGGAGCAGGAUCUCCAUCGCCUCCUGCUCCGACGAGCAGCCGCACGUCGGCAACUACCGCCUGCUCAAGACCAUCGGCAAGGGAAACUUUGCCAAGGUCAAGCUGGCCCGCCACAUCCUGACAGGCAAGGAGGUUGCAAUAAAAAUCAUUGACAAAACUCAGUUGAACCCAACCAGCCUUCAAAAGCUCUUUCGGGAGGUACGAAUAAUGAAAGGCUUAAAUCACCCUAACAUAGUGCAGCUGUUCGAGGUGAUUGAGACGGAUAAGACCCUUUACCUUAUCAUGGAGUAUGCCAGUGGAGGUGAAGUGUUUGACUACCUCGUGUCUCAUGGGAGAAUGAAGGAGGUUGAAGCCAGAGCCAAAUUUCGACAGAUUGUUUCUGCUGUCAACUACUGCCACACGAAGAACAUUGUCCACAGAGAUUUGAAGGCGGAGAACCUUCUGCUGGAUGCCGACGCCAACAUCAAGAUUGCCGACUUUGGCUUCAGCAACGAGUUCACGUUGGGCAACAAGCUGGACACGUUCUGUGGCUCGCCGCCCUACGCCGCCCCGGAGCUCUUCCAGGGGAAGAAGUACGACGGGCCCGAGGUGGAUGUCUGGAGUCUGGGGGUCAUCCUCUACACGCUGGUCAGCGGCUCGCUGCCUUUUGAUGGGCAGAACCUGAAGGAGCUGAGGGAGCGUGUUCUGAGGGGGAAGUACCGCGUUCCCUUCUACAUGUCCACAGACUGCGAGGGGAUCCUCCGCCGGUUCCUAGUGCUCAACCCCUCCAAACGCUGCACUCUAGACCAAGUCAUGAAGGACAAGUGGAUUAAUGCAGGGUAUGAGGGGGAAGACCUGAAACCCCACAUAGAACCUGUGGAAGAUUUCAGUGACGCAGCUCGCAUAGAGGUGAUGGUGGGGAUGGGCUUCACUCCAGAGGAGAUCAAGGACGCUCUGCUUAAUCAGAAAUACAAUGAAGUCACUGCCACCUACCUACUACUGGGCCGCAAAGGCGAUGAGGCCAGUGAGGCCCGCACAGCCAGCAGCCUGUCCCUGGCCAGAGUACGACCCAGCCCCAUCACCAACGGGACCAACAAGCACUCUUCAGCCACCGGCACAUCCUCCUCCUCCUCCACCUCCUCCUCUUCACAUAGCAAGACUCAGCGCAGUGCCUCCACCUAUCACAGGCAGCGGCGACACAGCGACUUCUGCGGGCCGUCCAUGCCCGUCAUGCACCCCAAGAGGAGCCCCACCAGCACGGGGGACCGCGAGCUGCGGGAGGGCCGAAUGCCUUCACGUAAGGCCAGCUGCAGCGUGAUGGGGAGCCACAGCCUCCCCCCCUCCAGCCCCAUGGUCAGCAGUGCCAACAACCCCAACAAGUCUGAGAUCCCAGACCGCCGCAAAGACAUGACUGCCACCACGAAUAACAUCCCUGGAAGCGCCAUGACGCGCAGGAACACGUACGUGUGCACCGACCGCUCGGGCACUGACAGACAAUCUCUCCUGCAGAACGGCAAAGAAAACAGCUCCCUGAGCCACCGCCUGCCUGUAGCGUCUCCCUCCACACUCAGCAUCUCCGCCGCCGGAGCGGCCUCCUCCUCUUCCUCUUCGGACCGGUGCCGUCUGACCCGAGGCUCCACCAUCCGCAGCACCUUUCACGGGGGACAGCUGAGGGACCGCGGGACCCCGGUCUACUCGGCCCCGCCUACUUCACCCACCCUGUCCCACCAUGAAGCCAGCCCCCUGCCACACGCCCGCACCAGGGCCACCUCCAACCUCUUCACCAAGAUAACCUCCAAACUCACCCGCAGGGUCAACCUUGACCCGUCCAAGCGCCAGGGCUCAAACAAAUCAGUGUCGGGUUGUACUCUUCCACAAGGAUCAAAAACAGUUAGGUCACAAAUGAAUCUGAGGGAAUCAGGAGAUUUGCGGUCACAAGCAUCAAACAUUUUUCUGAUUUCCCCCCCUCUCCCCAGUUGCCAUCUACCUGGGUAUCAAAAAGCGUCCGAGCCCCGGGCCGUCGGACGUGGCUGGGAUCUGAGGGGGGGGGUGCGGCGGGACCCUGCGGAGGUGGUUCUGGCUCUGCGGGAGGCGGCACUCGGCUGUGGCUGCCAGGUCCACCACGCCGGCCCCUUCCUGCUCUCCUGCAGCCACGGGGUGGCGGAGGGCCGCGUUGCUUUCGAGGCCGAGGUGUGCCAUCUCUCCACAGGCACCUCGGAGACUUCUAACGGGGUGCGCUACACGAGACUCUGGGGGACACCGCUAGCUUUUCGGGACAUUGCCACCCAAAUCUCCAAGGACCUUGAACUUUGAAUGGAGGAUGUGUUUGAGUGUGUGUUUGAGUGUGUGUUUUUGCGUGAAUGAGGGUGGAUGUGACUGCGCUAGGAGAGGGGGGGUUGGAAAUAUUGGAGAAAAUAAUAGGCGAGGGGCUGGACCCGGAAGAAAAGACUUCUGUCUCUUUCAUGACUACCCCCCCUGCACACACACAAAUACACACACACACAAAUACACACACACACACCAGGCCCGUAAAGUCACACAGACUGAGGGCCCCCCCCCCCUUCCAUCCAAUCAACCCCCCAGCUCAGCCAGCUGAGCACCUGCACCUACUGGACCUGGAUCAGAUGGAUACUAGUUGAAUAUUUUUUAUUGCUACUCUAGCCAUAAUGACUCUUUAUUUUGUUAUUUAUUGCUCUGGUCCUUGGUCUUUGUUAACAAACGUCAUCUCCUGACCAGCCAUCUCCUUCUUUUAACUUCUUCUUUUAUACGUCACAGCAUUUUUCCACUAACCAAUGAUUAUAUGCUGACUCGUCAUCACCUAGGGACAACAAGAUGCACAAUCGCGGAUAUGGUCCGACUCAGUGAUCACACAGUAGCCACAUAGGGUUGCAUUGCUCCGAUUAGCGAACAUACAUCAGUGACGAGUGCACUGGAUUAAGGUCAGUGGGAGAGGGGUGACAGGCCUUUGAAACAACCAAUCACAGGGGCCUCUUCCGCUUCAUGAACCAAUAGAAUGCCGUUACUCCAUCACAUUCACUUCUCUGUAUGGGACUAGCAGACAUUUAAAAUUGGGAAACAAACCCCAUGGUUUGCAAAAACAUUAUACAUACAAGAAAAAGGGAAUAUUUUGGUGCCAUUCUUUCUACACUGAUAUCAACAUUAUACAGUAUUAUACAGCUGAUUUAGCUAAAUAGUAUAAGGUCAGAAGGUGGAAGAAGUACUUACAUCGUCUACUAUAGUAUUAGUAGUAUUAAUAGUAUUAUCAACAUCUACUUAAAGUACCAAAACUAACAGUACUCAUUCUGCAGAUUGGCCCAGUAACUAAAUAUAUUAAAUACAUGUAGUGGAGUAAAAGUACACCUUUCACCUCUGAAUUGCAGUGGAGUAGAAGUUGCAAAUAAUUGAAAUACUGAAUUAAAGUUAAAGUCCCUCAAAAUUGUAUUGAAGUACAGUACUUGAGUAAAUCUACUUAGUUACUUUACACCACUGCAUAGUGUUGUAUAAGUUCAAUACCAUUGUCUUCAUUGAAUGCCUUUUUUCUCUUAAAGACUACAUGCACAGGUGCUGCUCUCUGAUUGGCUGGGUUCAUUGUCUGUCAGUGCCGGUCAGUAAGACUUGGUUAAAGCAUUUAGACUUGAUGACCCCUCCCCCCUUUUUCAUCUCAUACCUUUCUUCAAAAGCAUUAUAUUGCAGACGUGACAUACUUGAGAAUAUCUUUCUAAACAGAAGCCCCCCACUGCUUCAGGUGAUUUAAACAAACGUGUUGGUUGUGCAGACCAAGCCCUCGCCAAAUCCAUACGCUUUCCCUCCCUAGAAUAACUGAGGUACUGUAGGAUUGGUUUAUUAUCAGUGGAAUUCUUUGCUCUGUGCCAUGUGAUCCCACCUCAGGCUUCUCAGUAUGUUGAUGGGGAAACACCAAAAGCAAACAGCGAGACCUCUCAGAUCACACACCUUUACACACACAUACACAGAAACAUGCACUUCUAAUGUCCACCCUCUUCUUUCGGUGUCUGGUCUGCAGGAGGGGGGGGUUCUGAAUCUGGUAAGGCACGAUGAAGGCAGUGCACAGUGUUUUCUUCUUGUUAGUCCUGUUGCCUUUUAAGUGAACAACCCCCAGCGCCUUCAUAUUUAAUGUUAAAGAAAAAUAGAGAGUGACAGAAACACUGAGACGGCUUUCUAUUCUCCCUCCCUGUUUUUAGUGAAUAACGUACUGUGAUAUUUACGUAGGCUACAGAGAUCAUGUUGUUUGGCUGCUGAUUUACUGUUAAUACUAUCUCUCAGUUGUGGCUUUGCUCAUGGUGACCCUAAACACCCCACCCCCCUUUUCCCACCCAUCAUAACCCCCCCCCCCCCCGACUCCCUACAUUUAAAGGGACGCCAACCUUAGCUGUCCACCACCUUGGUAUGUACCACCGACCUUUUUCUAUCGUCACGAUGAACAUGUGGCUCUCCUCAGCUCUUCGUUUGAGAAACACUCGGCCAUCAUCCACAAUCUCACAUUGUAGACCCAUGUAUGACAUCUCCUCAGUCCUGUUAAUGUGUGCUGUUUCAUGAAGCCCAACAGUGGGGGCUGUCGACCUGUCCCCCUCAGGGUGAGAAGCAGACACCCAUAUGGACACCAGGAGUCUGUCCUUGUCCUCUCCCUGGACGUUUCUCAUUGUGGUGUAUAUUAGCAUUAGGUAAUAUAGACCUCAAUGCACUUUGCUUUGACUUGAAUCAGCUCCUUCCAGUGUACCUGUACAGGUAAUACCGAGAACUAGCCACUGGAGGGCGCCAAUGUCUUAAAUGUGAAACACUUCAAUUUGUGGAUAUUUGCACAGGUACUUUAUUUAUUUUUUAGAAUUAUAUCGUUUAAAAAAAAAAACAGGAUUUAUAUCAGUCAGUUGAUGGCUGUAUAUAAUAUAUGAAUAUAGUAUAUAUCUUAGAGCUCAAGGUUUAUUUAUAGCUAGAGCAAGGGAAGUAAUUCUAGUUUAAAACACAUUAUGUCAGUGACAAUGGGAAACAAAACCAACCUGCAAUCCUGCAUGACUUCAGAGUUUGGGUUUUAGGGGAAAACAUUGAACAUGAUGCACACCUAGGAUUGGAAGACACGUUUGUUUUAUAGACAUGAAUUAAUACGAGGAAAUUAUGCUAAAUGUAGCACCUGGCCCUUCCCCGCUCACAUAAUCAAACAGGAAGGCUGUGGUGAAAUGCAGUGAUUUCACUCCACCUUGUUUGCUAGAGGAUAGGUUUAGUACACUCAAGAUGGGUUUCUGAGUUCUGACAAGUAUUGAGACAUGCCUUGGAACGUAUCACGACGUGCAGUGUGAAGAUAACAAUAUUCAGUUGUAGAUUCAGCAAGGACCCUUACAUUGGGAAUAAAUUGUGCCGUUUGCUUCUAUUCCAACUUGAAUUUAAACCGAUCCCAAAAAGUCCCUAAAAUGUUGAGUUGCAUUCAAGCCAUAGAAAUGUCACAUCACUGUCUCCUGAAGGCAAAUAUGAACAGGUUGUUUGCGAAAACUUGCAGUGGAAAAUAUUGAAGUGAUAAUAGCUCAACAGUAAAUAACUUAGUGUAACAACUCACUCUUAGUAUAAGACGGAUGAACAUUUUCUUAAGGUGGAAUCUACUGUGAAAAAUUCUUGAAAAUGUUGUUGAGUAAACGUGUGUGUACCUGCUCAGAGACAGUGUGUCCCUGGUCUGGUUUAGAUGGUGGUUGGUACAGUAUUAAGACCCCAGGGGGCGCAGUAUUUAACAUGCACUGUCAUUUCAAAACUGAUUUUGGAAACAGUAAAUGUUUUAUGCAAAAGGAAGAGACUGAAGAACACACGCAGUUUGACCUGUAUGAGUAAUUGUACACUGCUCUGCUGUUUAAUUCCUCCCUUCAGAAACAAACUGUAAAGUUAGAUUGAGUGGUUGUGGUUUAUAAGGAAAACAUGGAGCUGAAGAUUAAUAAAAUUCACUGAUGUUGGCA